CACGUUUUUUUGGCAGAAGCUAUCAUAUGGUGUAUGUGUUUACAGUUAGUGAAGAAAAGGCGAAAAGCACCACGAGUCGAGGGUUGUGUGCUGAGACGUAGAAGUGGUAUUUAGUAGUAGCAAAUAGAGUAACUGGUGAAGGACAGUGAUCGUGCGUUUUGGAUGUACUGGACAGACAGAAUUUUUGGAUGAUGCAUGCAACUGGUGCAGCAGCACAGCAAAAUGAUCGAAUCUCAUGAGUCGCUCAAAAAUCGCAUCUAUUUCGCGGCCAAAGAUGGAAUGCAUAUCGUUCUCUUCGCCCUCCUCACCGAUAACAUCACCUCCGAAGAAGCCAACGAUUUAUUGAACGAGAAAUAUAUAGAUGAGGAUGGUCAACAAUCUACCCCCCUGAUAAUGGCUGCAAGGCAUGGCCAUGACAAUGUAGUGAAAGUAAUUGUAUCCAACUUUAAAACUAAUCUUGAGGAGGAGGGAAUUGUGAAAUUCGAUGGAUAUGUCAUUGAAGGGGCUAGUGCUCUUUGGUGUGCAGCAGGCGGAGGAUACUUAAAUGUGGUAAAGACUUUGGUGAAGGCAGGAGCUGAUGUGAACCAUCCAACACGCACACAAUCUACACCAUUAAGAGCUGCCUGCUUUGAUGGCAGAUUAGAUAUUGUGAAAUAUCUCACAGAACAUACUGCAAACAUACAUAUUGCUAAUAAAUACAAUAACACAUGCCUUAUGAUUGCUGCAUACAAAGGCCAUUUAGAUGUGGUGAGUUUCUUAUUAGAACGUAAUGCGAAUCCGAACGAGAAAGCACUGUGCGGGGCAACAGCUCUGCAUUUUGCUGCAGAAUGUGGACACACUCCAAUAGUUAAGAAAUUACUAGAAUACAACGCUGAGCUGUGGAAUGUUAACGAUAUAGGUAUGACGCCUCUGAAGGCGGCGGCCGAGAGGACUAGGUGGGAAGUGGUUGAUUUCCUGGUGAAUCAAGCUGGCAUUGGCAAAGAGGAAAUAGUGGAAGCUCUGGAAUUACUCGGCGCUUCUUAUGCCAACGACAAAGAGUUUUACAGCUUGGAAAGGGCUUUCAAAUACUUGCAUCGAAGCAUGGUGCUGAGAUGUAGUGAGUCAGACAACGUGAUGAGGAAACGAUUGAUAAAACCCGUGCCCGCCUACGAAUGUUGGGUGGAGUGCGAAAAUCUGCAGCAGUUGGAAUCGAUCCGGUAUAAUGUCAACGCUUUGCAUAUGGAAUCUUUAACAAUUCGCGAAAGGAUAUUGGGUAUCCGUAAUCCGGACCUUCCGCAUCCGAUCAUCUUUAGAGGGGCUGUUUUCGCGGAUAACGCAAGGUUCGACAGAUGCAUAGAGCUUUGGUUGCACGCAAUUAAUCUGAGACAGGCUAAUAAUAUAAGCGUGGUUAAAGAUCUUCGGCGCUUUGCUCAGGUGUUCUCGCAGAUGAUACACCUAGGCGUGGACGUAAUCUACGAUCACGUGAUGCAGGUGUUAUCCGCUGUCAUCACAGAGCUGGAAAGGAACAAGGAGAAGUUAGCAAGGAAGAGCGAUAUGGAAACUGUUUUUGAAGAAAUGGAGAGCAACAUUACAACGACCUUAUACAUCAUAACUAUUCUGACGAAGAUGAUCCAGAGAACGCCGUGCACCGCGGAACAGGAAUUCGAUAUCAGCAGGAUGGUUUUCAAACUCAACCAGAUGCAACUGAAACAUCGAGACGGGCAGACCUUGUUGCAUUUAGCGUGCAACGGUGAAACACCGGUGGACGACUUUCAUAUCAGCGAUAUUUGCAAAUUUCCGUGCUCGGAAACAGCCUCUCUACUGAUCCAAUGCGGCGCUGAUGUAAAUGCGAUGGAUAUGGAUAGGAACACGCCGCUCCACAUAAUAGUCAAUUAUCAUAAAACGCUCGCUGAUUUCAUAACCCUUCACACGAUCAUACUGAAUCUUACAGAUGCUGGAGCGCACAUUGAUUGUGUAAAUAACGAUGGAAAGACACCGCUGGAGUCUGGGAAGAAUGGAGUUGCCCAGAUCAUACUUAAGACCCAGGCCAAGCUAAGCUUGAAAUGUAUGGCGGCGAUGGCUGUGAAGAAUCACCAGUUAACGUACAGGGGACAGGUGCCCGAGGCCCUUGAAUCUUUCAUUGAAUUACACGGUUCAAAUGUAAAUAACUAGUCAAUUUUAUAAACGAAAAUACCUGUGUACAUAUAACUUCUAUGUAUUUAAGAGAGUGUAAGUUUUAAGUAUCGUUACUGCCUGAAAAAUUAUCAUGCUGCUGAGUAUAUUUAUCUAUUUGGGAUGAAUACGUCUUUUUAUUUCAUUAUGUUUUUAUUUUCUUUUUCUUUAGUUAAUCGAAUAACACGUUCAUUGAGAAAGAUCUGCUGCUUUAGUUGCUGUUCUGUGAGACUGUUAAUAUAUGUAAUUGUUUUAUACGAUGUUAUUUAUUUAAAAUUUUGAUGUUAUAGUCGAAUGAAUGCUUGUUCCUAAAAAUAAACAUAAAAAUAAAUACAUUUUACAAUGAUUGAGGAAAA